CCUCAGAGAAUAACUUCACAGUGCAGGCCAUGGGCAAUGUACAAAGAUCUAGGAGGCCAUGGGAGAUCUUCUCAGAGGAAACCUUUCCAGGCCAGGCCAUGGGUCACCUACAAAGACCCACAAACCCAUGGGAGCUCUUCAGAGAGGACACCUUCCCAGGCCAGGCCAUGCGCCACAUACACAAACCUAGGAGCCCAUGGGAGAUCCUCCCAGAGGAAAACUUCCCUUUUAAUGCCUUGGGUCACCUACUAAGUCUUAGGAGCUCAGGAGAUACCUAAGCAGGCUAGGCCAUGGGCCACCUACAAAGGCCUAUGAGGCCAGGGGAGAUCCACCCAGAGGAUAACUUCCCAAGCCAGGCCAUGCGUCACCUACAAAGACCUCCGAGCCCAUGGGACAUCUUCCCAGAGGACACCUUCCCAGGCCAGGCCAUGGGCCAACUACAGACACCGAGGCUCCCAGGUGAGAUCUCCUCAGAAGAUAACUUCACAGGGCAGGCCAUGGGCAAUGUACAAAGAUUUAGGAGCCCAGGGGAAAUCUUCCUAGAGUAUACCUUCCCAGGUGAGGGAAUGGGCUACCUAAAAAGACCUCAGAGGUCAUGGCAGAUCUUCCCAAAGGACACUUUCCCAGCUCAGGGCAUGGGCCACCUACAAAGACCUAUGCGGCCAGGGGAGAUCCUCCCAGAGGUUAACUUCCCAGGCCAGGCCAUUCGUCACCUACAAAGACCUGCGAGCCCAUGGGACAUCUUCCCAGAGAACACCUUCCCAGGCCAGGCCAUGGGCCAACUGCAAACACCAAGGCUCCCAGGUGAGACCUCCUCAGAGGAUAACUUCACAGGGCAGGCCAUGGGCAAUGUACAAAGAUUUAGGAGCCCACGGGAAAUCUUCCUAGAGUAUACCUUCCCAGGUGAGGCAAUUGGCUACCUAAAAAGACCUUGGAGAUCAUGGGAGAUCUUUCCAAAGGACACCUUCCCAGCUCAGGGCAUGGGCCACCAACAAAGAGCGAUGAGCCGAUGGGAGAACUCCUCAGAGAAUAACUUCACAGGGCAGGCCCUGGGAAAUGUACAAAGAUCUAGGAGCCCAUGGGAGAUCUUCUCAGAGGAUACCUUCCCAGGCCAGGCCAUGAUUGACCUACAUAACCCUAGGAGCCCAUGGGAGAUCCUCCCAGAGGAAACCUUCCCAAGACAUGCUGUGGGUCACCUACAAAGUCUUACGAGCUAG